AUGGAUAGAUCUUCUGUCUUGGUUGAGGCUUUAGUGGGACUUUCGGCAUGUUUUGUAUAUUUGACUGAGACCCAAUAUUCAGAAAGAUUGGCUGAGAUUGAUUCUUUAUUAAAAGAAGCACAUAAGAUCUAUAAGACUAAACAAAGAGUUAUUAUUAGAUUGGAAAGGAUAUUUACUUGUCCGGGUAUGGUUAGUGAGCCGGUGGUGAAUGCUGGGUUUGAAGAUAAGAUGGGGGAAGUUUUGAAAUCGUUUGGGUGUAAGUGUGGGUGUAGUUGGGUGGAGAGUGAAAGUAUCUUACGGUUGCCAUCUGGAGGUUGGGAAGAGUUGAUUGAUAUGUGGUCGUGUCAUGAUAGGGAGUUCAAGCAUUUUGCUGAUAAGAAGUUGGUGCCACGAACACGCGGGUUGUUGUAUGGGCCUUUGCACUUAGUAUUGGGUAGGGAAAGAGUGCCGAAGUGUUUAGUGGCGGAAUCGGGUGGGGAUGGAGUAGUGUGUUAUAGUGCUUUGUCUUUGGGGAUAGGAGAUGAGUUCUUGUUAUUCCAUUACUUGUAUGAACGAUUUCAACGGGAGAGUAGUAUAGUAGUGGUUGGUGAGCAGAAGAUGACAUUGAGUUUACUAGAUACAACUUAUGUAGUGCGUGGUGAGUUGAGUAGUGUAUUUGCAAGUCCUAAACCUAUUUUAGCCUUGAAAGUAGCUUAUACACUGAUGGAGACAGGUAGAAAGGAAGAUUUAGAAGUAUCAGCUUACUUUGCAACUAAACUACUGGACAUACUACAACAAAACACAGUGGCUGAAUCAUCAGAAAUUGGAACAAUUGCUUUUAUUCUAGCUAAUGAUAGCUAG